AUGUGGAAACAGAUGCUCAAUCUAAGAACCAUAGCAAAAUCAUUCCUCUCCUGCAAAAUUGGUGAUGGUAACUCUUGCUCCUUUUGGUUUGAUAAUUGGACUCCCUUUGGGGAUUUAAUCACAUUCCUUGGGCCUGGAGCUCAUCAGAGAAUGGGACUCCCUCUAGACUCUACUGUGGCAAAAGCUCGUUCCCGGGAUGGAUGGAAUUUCAGAGGCGCCCGUAAUCUUAAUGAAGAGCUCCUUCUCAGCCAUCUCGUAGGCACUGUAUUUAAUGAAGACGAGAAAGACGUUUUUCUUUGGGCAAGACCGAAUGGUGAGCCACAAGAGCGGUUCAGUUUCUCUGGAACUUGGCAGCUUUACAAGCCUGUGGGUCAGGAGGUACCUUGGCAUAAGCAGGUAUGGUUUUCAGGCGCUAUUCCCAAGUACUCAUUCACCAUGUGGAUGUGCUGCCUUGACAGACUACCUAAUCUCUCGAGGCUCAGAAACUGGGGAAUUGUGGAGGAUGACUCUUGCUAUCUUUGUGAAAUAUAUUUCAAAACAAGGCAUCAUCUUUUCUUGAGAUGUCCAUAUAGUUAUGACCUGUGGCGAUGGUGCUUUGCAAAGUUGCAUCUGCCUUUCACAGGUUUCACUACUUGGGAUAAUUUCCUUCUUUGGCUGAAAUCCCCUACUAAUGAAGUGAAGUUGGGGACGUUAAAGCUUUUAGCAGCUCAGACUCUGAUAUACUCUCUGUGGCAUGAGAGGAAUGCACAUUUGUACACCGGAACCCGCACCCCUGUUGAAAGACUGUGUCUCCAGCUUGAUAAGCGUAUUCGUAACAUUUGCUCGGCAAGGAACAGCAUCGCAAAGCUCCAAGGCCUGCUUCAGCUGUGGUUUCGUAAUUCUUCUCCUUUUUCUACUUCCUAA